UACCUUUCUAUUCCAAGGCAAGUCAAUACUGGCUGUUAAAGCAUGUCUUCACAAAACAAGGUAAAAGGGAUGGAAAAUAGGAUAACCUUUAGCACUUACUAUCACAAACGAAAAUCUUGUGCACUAUUGUUCUUUCCAGCACACUUCACAUGCAGUAGUGCAUGCUUGCGCAACAGAUCAUCCCCAAAUCACACGCACUGCAUGAGAACAGUCCAUAGCGACAUGCUCAUCCUGUUCCCAGCUUCCUGCACGUUGCAAGCUACUAUAUAUACUUUUACAAUCAUUGCAGCUCCGUGCACCAUUGCCGGACUGCAUCUCCAGGCCAAGCUCCAACAAUGGCGAAGCCAUCUUUCCUUUUCCUCCUGUUCGUCAUCUCCGUCUGCACGACUCUCGCCCGCAUUGAUCCGAUGCUGGAGAGGUUCGAGCAGUGGAUGAGCCGGCAUGGCCGCCUGUACGCCGACGCUGGCGAGAAGAAUAGGAGGCUUGAGAUCUACCGGAGGAACGUCGAGCUCGUUGAGACGUUCAACGCCAUGAGCACUGGGUACAAGCUGGCUGACAACAAGUUCGCCGACCUGACGAACGAGGAGUUCAGAGCCAAGAUGCUGGGCUUCGGACCUCAGAGCAGAGCCGAGCACAUUUCAACUCCGAGCACCAUGACUUGUGUUGAGAGGGCAAUGCCUGAAGAGAACACCGAUGAUCCACCGAAAAGCGUAGAUUGGAGGGCGAAAGGAGCAGUGGCGCCAGUAAAGAACCAAGGGAACUGUGGAUCAUGCUGGGCGUUCUCUGCCGUUGCGGCCAUCGAGGGCAUCAACCAGAUCAAGAACGGGGAGCUGGUGUCCCUGUCCGAGCAGGAGCUCGUCGACUGCGACGCCGAGGCUGUUGGCUGCGCCGGCGGGUACAUGAGCUGGGCCUUCGAGUUCGUCAUGAAGAACCGUGGCCUUACAACCGAAGGGAACUACCCUUACCAAGGGACGAACGGCGCUUGCCAGACGCCGAAGCUGAAGGAGAGUGCGGUGAGCAUCGCCGGGUACCGGAACGUGACGCCCAACAGCGAGCCGGAACUCCUGCGUGCCGCCGCGGCGCAGCCGGUGUCCGUGGCCGUGGACGCCGGCAGCUUCAUGUGGCAGCUCUACGGCGGCGGGGUGUUCACGGGGCCGUGCAGCGCCGACCUGAACCACGGCGUCACGGUGGUGGGGUACGGCGAGACCGGGGCGGACGCGGACGGGGACGGUGGCGGGGAGCCGGGGCAGAAGUACUGGAUCGUCAAGAACUCGUGGGGGCCCGAGUGGGGCGUGGACGGGUACGUCCUCCUGCAGCGCGACGCCGGCGUCGCGUCCGGCCUGUGCGGCAUCGCGCUGCUCCCGAGCUACCCGGUCAUGUGAAGCAUUUGAACCUUGCUGUGUGUGGUGUGCUUGGCUCGAUUGCUGCAGGAAUUCGGUAGUUUAGCUAGUGAUGUGUGUAUCAAUGUAUCGACCACGGUGACCAGGUGUAGUAUUAUAACGACAUUUAUAUGGAAGAAUUCAGUUAUGAAAUUGUUGCAGUUUGCAUAAAACGUAUUCUGUUAUUCGAUGACU